AUGGCAGCUAGUCGAUUUCGGGACUUCACUCGGAUAAACCCUCCCGAAUUUCAUAGCUCUAAUAUGGACAAGGAUCCACAAGAAUUCAUUGAGGGCAAUGCUAAGAUUAUUAGGAUCAUGGGUAUUAGUCCAGUGGAGAAAGCAGACUUAGCGGCUUAUCAACUUAAGAGAGUUGCACAAGUUUGGUAUGAUCAAUUGAGGGAUGAAAGAGGCCGGGAUGAUGCUCUAAAGUUUGAUAGAGACUGGGUGCCUAACCCUAAGAUUCAAGGAGGAGCUCAAAGUGGUCAAGCCAUCCCUCUAUGCAAGAAGUGUGAAAGGAACCACAAGGGAGAAUUCUUAGCAAGAUUGGAUACAUGUUAUAGGUUUGGAAAACUGGAUCAUCAGGUGAAGGGUUGUAGGAGUGGUACUAGAUCCCCGGCUAAGACUCUAGUUAUAGGCCAUCCAGACCAGUGUGCUACUACUUUGGGUGGCAGUCAGUGCCAAAACAGAUUUUAUGCCUUUCAGAUUCGCAAAGAGUUAGAAGAUUCACCUGAUGUUGUGGCUGGUUUUUGGGACCUGCAGGAUGAGCUAACAGGACGAAUUGUAGACAAGAUGACAGGCCGUAAAUCUCACCUAUUCCAAAACUUCAAAGACUCGAAUUUCAGACCUUUUCUCAGACCUACAGGACGAGUCAUUUAA